AUGAAUUUGACUAGGCAAUUAAAGCCUAAACUGUUCGAACUAGGGUUCGAAGGUGGAGAAUUGUUUAAGGCAAUAAAGCUUAAACCAUUCGAACUAGGGUUCGAAGCAAAAGUAAUAGAGAAAACAGAUCUGAAAAUUGAUCUUUCCUGA